AUGAAAUGUCAACAAAUGCUAACUAUUGAGGGACGACAGGAAGAGCAUGGAAACUAUUUGAAAUUGGUGAAAAUAGCAAAGAAAAUAAGCUUAUCAGGCUUUAUUGAUAAAAUCAACCUAUGUCAUCGUUUCAAGUUAAUUCUAAGGAAG